AUGACAUCGGCGGCGGUGCGGGGCGAGCCGGCGGCGGGCCGCCGGUACUGGCGCUGGAGCAAGGCCGACUUUUUCCCGGAACCCUCGUUCCAGAGCUGGCGCGCGUACGGCGGCGCGCUACUGUCCACUGGGCCGCGACUGCGGGACCGCGUCACCAGCCGCUCAUCCGAGGCCGUCGAGGCGGGGACGCUGCUCGCCCAGAGCGAGAACCCCCUCCGGCGGUGCCUGUCGUGGGUGGAUCUCGCCUUCCUCGGAUUCGGCUCCGUCGUCGGCUCGGGCGUCUUCGUGCUCACCGGCCAGGAGGCGCGCUUCGACGCCGGCCCGGCCAUCCCGCUGGCCUACGCCGCCGCUGGCUUCUCGGCGCUGCUCUCGUCCUUCUGCUACGCCGAGCUCGCCACCGAGAUCCCGUCGGCCGGCGGCUCCUUCUCGUACCUGCGCGUCGAGCUUGGGGACCUGGCCGCGUUCAUCGCCGCGGGGAACAUCCUGCUCGAGGCCGUGGUGGGCGCCGCCGGCCUGGGCCGGUCCUGGACGUCGUACCUCGCGGCGCUCAUCGGCCGCGACAGCGACGCGCUCCGCAUCCACGUGCCCGCGCUCGCCGACGGAUUCAAUCUGCUGGACCCGAUCGCCGUCGUCGUCCUGUGCGCCACCUCCGCGCUCGCCGUGUCCGGCGCGCGCCUCACCUCCACCGUCAACUCGAUCGCGUCCGUGGUCGGCAUUGCCAUCAUCGCGUUCGUGCUGGCCGCGGGCUUCUCGCACUUCGAGCCCACCAACCUCGCGCCGUCCUUCUUCCCCUUCGGCGCCGCGGGCGUCUUCCGCGCCGCGGCCGUUGUGUACUGGUCCUACACGGGGUUCGACAUGGUGGCCACCAUGGCCGAGGAGACCAAGAACCCCGGCCACGACGUGCCGCUGGGCCUCAUCUCGUCCAUGUCGGCCAUCACACUCGUCUACUGCGCCAUGUCCCUGGCGCUCGUGGGGAUGCAGCGGUACAGCGACAUUGACGCCAACGCGGCCUACUCGGUUGCGUUCGCCGCGGCCGGGAUGAAGUGGGCGCGCUACAUCGUGGCGCUCGGCGCGCUCAAGGGCAUGACGAGCGGCCUCCUCGUCGGCGCGCUCGGCCAGGCGCGCUACACCACGCAGAUCGCGCGCACGCACAUGAUCCCGCCCUACUUCGCGCUCGUGCACCCCAGGACCGGUACGCCCAUCUACGCCACCAUUGCCGUCACGCUCGGCGCCGCCUGCGUCGCGCUCUUCUCCAGCCUCGACGUGCUCGCGUCCGUCUCCUCCAUCAGCACGCUCUUCAUCUUCGCGCUCGUCGCCGUUGCGCUCCUCGUCCGCCGCUACUACGUCGCGGGCACCACGUCACCCGCGCAGGCCCGCACCUUCCUCGCCUUCCUGGCGCUGAUCGUCCUGUCGUCCACCGGCCUGUCCGUGUACUACAACUCGGGCUACGCUGCUCGGUGGCCCGGGUACGUGGUGUUCGGAGCCCUGUGGGCGGCCGGCACGGCGGGGCUGGCGCUGUUCGCGAAGCAUCAGCGCGUGCCCAAGGUGUACGGCGCGCCGCUCAUGCCAUGGCUGCCGGCAAUGUCCGUCGCCACAAACCUCUUCCUGAUGGGCUCUCUCGGCUCCCUGGCCUACUUGCGCUUCGGCAUCUGCACGGCGGCGAUGCUUGUCUACUACGUGCUCUUCGGCGUGCACGCCACCUAUGACAUGGUGCACUCUGAAGGUCAGACGACAACGGUGGCAGACGCUUCCACCGACAGCGUGGAGCAGAGGAAGAUAAUGCCGGUGUGA